AGAUGACGUGAGAAAAAGUUUCCAAAUCGAUAUUUUAUUUUUUUUUUAAUUUAAAAACAGAUUUUAUAAAUCACGAUUUUUUUUAAUGAUUUAAUAAAUUUAAGAAAAUUGAAUAUUUCCAAAUAUUGUCUUCCUGUAUUUUUGGAACUGAUUAUCCUUAUCCAUAGAAUAUGUUUUGUACUAUGUAGAACACAGUAAACAUGUUUAAAAUUGAUUUCUACUAGUUUUAGAUUUAUAGUAAUGUGUGGAUUCUGAUUUCUGCAGAUUUUCGAUUUAUAGCAAUGUGUAGAUUCCAGAUUCUACAGAUUUUAGAACGAUAGGUUAAGCGUGAAAUGUGUUUUCCAAAUAUUUUUAUAUUAUAAUUAUUUACGUAGAUCACGUAUUCUAAACAUAUUAGAUUCAAUGAAAAAAGUAGAUUACAUUUUCUACUAUGUAGAAUGUCAAUUCUACUUUUUGUAGUACAAAAUAUAAAAUUAUGAAGUAAACAUUUUCAGAAUUGGAAAAAUACCAAUAUGUUGUUGAUAUAGGUAUUUCAUCAGUAGUUACUAUUUUUUUAAAAAAAAAUUAUUUAUAAAACUAUUUAUUUGAUUUAUUUUGGAAAAUACUAAAAAAUAUUAGAGGAAAAGAUGGUACAAAAAGGAAAUUUGCCUAAUAGAACAUAAUUAUUAUUUUGUGGCCUAAAAAAACAAUUUCUCCUUUUUUUUAACUGGAAAUAAGACUAUAUCGGAUGAACCAUUCAACCAAUAAAUUAACCAUAUAAAGAAUGGUUAUGACGUUAAUUUUAUUUCCCCAAAUGAUGAAUUGUGUGUCUGUUAAGUCAUUUAUUAGGAAAUUCUACUUCAGAUGUUUCUGAUAUAAAAAUAUCAAACACAUUCAUAUAUUUUAUACUUUCAGAUUGCUAAGUUUAUUUCUUUUUUUAAACAGAGAUCGAUUAUUAGAUCUGAAGGUUAUUGAAAUAUCUGGAAUCAUUUCGAAUUCUAAACUAAACCAUUUCAAACAUACUAUCAAAUUUAUAGACUAUGUUUCCAGCCAUAGGUUAUCAUGGAAUUUUCGCUGUAUUAUUUUGCCUCAUUUAACUCAGGGCUGGUUUCGCUGUAUAAUUAAAACAAAUUAGGAAUUGUAGUAAAAAUGUAAACAACGUCAAGACAUAAAAUGGAAGAAGUUUUAUUCUUGUUUAGUUUUGUCUGUUUUCUAGAGUGAGCAAUAUCCACACACUCCAUACAAGGCCAAACUAAAUGUCUUGUUUGGUCUAAAGUCUAAGGCUUGAAAAGAGUGGCCACUUGACAAGGAACAAAAAUCUAACUUUGGUAAAAGGAAGAAUAAAAACUCAAAGUGGGAAAACGGCCAAUCAAAAGAUAGGAUAGGCAAGUGAAGCAAUGUGAUUAUCGCUGAUCAAUGUGGAAGAAUAAACGAAUCAUUGAUGUUUUUAAGUUUCUUGACACUUGGAAGUUUGGAAAAACAAAACGUUCGUUGGCGUUUUCAAACGCCGCAUCUUCUAAUUACCUAGCUCUACAAUGCUCUAUGCCUAUAUAUAUAUAUACGAGCAAAAUCCAUUGAAAUUUUAGUCUAUCAUCACAAUAUGAUCCAUCAAUUCCAACUCUUCGUGAAUUUAGGACUUGUCAUCUUAUACAUAAUGUGGUAUGGGAGUUUUCAACUCGUAACCACAAAAGCUAAACGGAUUUUAAAUCUUUCUGUUUCACACUUACACUUGUUACAGAAUUUUAAGUGUGACUAAAGUUAUCAGAAUCUAAUAUAGUCAACAUAAAAUUAACAAAUAAUAUGUCUAAUUAAAUAGUUGAAGAUUCUUUUAGCCCAAAACUGACAGUAUGGAGUUUCAAGAAUCUACCUACUUACUGGGAGAAGUUUGUAAGGGAGUUUCAAGAAUCUCAUGCCUAGUUGGCUAAGAUGAUCUUUGUGUCACUCUUUUGCCAUCUAUGAUUUUGGCUUUCCAUGUUUUUAUUCUUGUUUUGCCAUGGAAGUAUGUAUAAAUAGGUUUACUCUUUUGUAUCCACCUGACAUUUCGUUAAUAUGAUAUCAACGUUCAUAGCACAAAAAAAAAGUUUGCAAGGGACAAUGCUUUGGGAGACCCAUGAGCUUCAUACCUUCCACUCGCAAAAGAGGAUUUCAAAGUUAUCCACCAAAAUUAAAUUUUAGCGAUAGAUACUUUUACUAGAUGAUUAAAUCAUAUAUUGUAAAAAAGUAAAGUACUCAUGCUAAAAUGGUAGAAAACUCAUGGUUUAAUUCUGUAGAAGACUAACCUUAUUAUAAGGUUGUGUUAAAAAGGAGAUUAUGUAAGGGUACGUCAUUGCUUUUAAAUAAUAGUUAAAAAUGUAAAAAACAUAUAUAUUAUACUACGGGUGGUUUAGAUAUAGUUAUGUUUUAGUAUGUUUCAUUUUGAUAAGAUUCAUACCUUUCUAUACAUUUGGUGAUGGUCAAACUGAAAUUAAAAAAAAAACUAGAAUCAUCAACACGUGUGGUCAGAGUUGGCACGUGAACAUUAAAUGAAAAAAAUAAACAAAUGUGACCGGAAAAAAGUGAGAGGCUGAAAUCAAUCUUGGUCCGUUGUCACAAAAUACUUUUUCUUCAAUUUAGCCGUCACCUUGACCAUCUAGAUUCAAUGGACUUCACUCGCAAUUUAAAUAUUUUUGUUAUAGCCCCUCAUGUUAUCAGAAACUAUACUGGACGCAGCUCUGCCCCAAAAGUUUUAUUUGUUUGACAACCUUAAUAAUUUAAUUUACUAUGACAAUAGCACGUACAUAUUUUAAUGAUACAGUUUACCCCCAUAAUUGAACUUUUUAUUUACUAAUAGGAGGCUUUUGACCACUGACCACCCGCACGUGUUUUAAAAUAAAAUCCAAUUGAUUCUCAAUAGUCACGUUAGCUCCACGUAUAAAUUAUCGACUACCAUCAAACACAUGUACAUGCAAACAAAUAUAACUUAAAACUAAACUUAUGGAACACAGAGCUUCUAACACGAAUCAGGUGAAAUACAGAGGUGUACGAAAGCGUCCAUGGGGGAAAUAUGCUGCGGAGAUACGUGACUCGGCUAACCACGGAGCUCGUGUCUGGCUCGGGACGUUUAUCACAGGGGAAGAUGCGGCUCGGGCCUACGAUAGAGCCGCUUUUUCUAUGAGAGGCCACAAGGCCAUUCUCAAUUUCCCUCUUGAGUACCCAAUGAUGAGGGAUGGUCCAAGUGGUGGUGGCGAGAAUGCGGUGGCUUCUUCGUCGUCAGAGUUUAGUGAAAGAGACGGUGGUGGCGGGAAGGAAGUGAUUGAGUUUGAGUAUUUAGACGAUAGUUUGUUGGAAGAGCUUCUAGAGUGUGGAGAGAGUUAUAACCAGGAUGUUUGGUAUAACGCAACUGUUAAUUAGAUCAAUUUGUCACUUCUUUUGUUUUCUUCUUCCCAAUGUUUUAAUACUAUAUUCACUUACUCACAUUAAUAUAUCCAAAUAAUUAGCAGUUUUAUCAUAUGUUUGGACUUUGGAUAAUAUAGAUUUUAUAUGCUGGGAUGGUGAAUAUUAUCAUCUCGAUUCACACAAUAGUAAUAUUGUAGUUUGACAAAUAAUAAAAAGCAAAUCCAAUUUUGUUUGCUUUUUAUUAUUCAUCUAUAAUAUGAUUUUGUUUUACCAACUUAAAUAAAAUUUGGCCCACUUUACUAGGUAGAUCAUCAUUGUGUAUUUUUUGUUAAUUGUUAGUUGGUUUAACUUAAGCGACUACAUAUCGCCAUCUGGACUCACCACAUUAAUAUAAACUACAAUAUUACUAUUGUGUGAAUUGAGAUGAUAAUACGUAGUCACUAUCAGUAAUUCAUGAUAGUGAAUUGAACUUAUAUUUAUUUAUUUUUUUCAAAAAUCGAUAUUCUGAAUAUUUAAAACAGUAUAAGAAUGCUGAUUUAAGAUAACUACAAAAAUAUACCAAUUCAUAAUUUUUCAAAUCAAGAAGCAACUUUGAAUAUUAACCUUGCUUUUUAGUAGAAUUUCUUCCUUGAUGACGUUGUCACGUUAAACUUAUUUUGUUUGUGAACUAGAUUCUCAUAUGCAUGGUCCAUGCUGUAUUGUUGUACUAUCUAACUAUUUCUGGACCUUCAUUAGAUCACUCACUCAUCCAUUGACUAUUUCACUAUUCUCAAAAGAUUUGAUAAUUGAGUAUGUGUAUCAACAAUUCAUGUUUUUUUCUUCAUUUACACAGCACGAACUUUUA